CGCAGCUCGCGGCCGCGGGGCAGGGGCUCCGAGGCUGGGCGGCUCCGCUCCGCUCCGCCUCCGCCCGCGCGCCCGCCAGGCCUGACAACCGCCCGAGCGGAGCGGCCGAGAGAGGGACUCCAGCAGCCAUGGCCGAGGCGGCGCCCGACCGGGCCCCAGAGAGGGACAAGCACGCAGGGGACGCAAGGCCUUCCACACCUCCUCCCUCGCCCCGGCCGGCCGCCGAGAAGGACUCGUACCUCUACUCCACGGAGAUCACGCUGUGGACCGUGGUGGCCGCCGUCCAGGCCGUGGAGAAGAAAGUGGACUCCUGCCUGGCCCGCCUGCUGGCUCUGGAGGGGCGGGCGGGGACGGCCGAGAAGAAGCUGGCCGACUUCGAGAAGACGUCCUCAGAGCUGGGGGACCAGCGGGAGGGCAAGUGGGCCGUGCUGGGCACGCUGCUGCAGGAGUACGGGCUGCUGCAGAGGCGCCUGGAGAACAUGGAGAACCUGCUGAGGAACAGGAACUUCUGGGUCCUGCGGCUGCCCCCGGGCAGCAAGGGGGAGGUCCCCAAGGUGCCCGUGACCUUUGACGACGUGGCCGUGUACUUUUCCGAGCUGGAGUGGAGCAGGCUGGAUGAGUGGCAGAAGGAGCUGUACAAGCACGUGAUGAGGGGCAACUACGAGAUGCUGGUCUCCCUGGAUUACGCCAUCUCCAAACCGGACAUCCUCACCAGGAUGGAGAGGGGAGAGGAGCCUUGUCCUGAAGGCCUGUGGGGUCAGGACGAGGGGCAAGAGAGAGAGGCAGCUCGCCCGGAGAGGCCGGGCACUGAGCGUGUCCCCAGCCCAGUCAGGUCUGACCCGGAGGGGCCCAGGGAAAGGCAGGCCCCCGAAGACCAGAGAGACUCAGGAGCGAGAGGGCCCCCGCCGGGACCAAGCACGGCGCCCCCGGCCAGCACCGGCACUUUGUCCUCAGUGAAGCAGGAGGAGGCGUCUUCAGGUGGGGAGUCCCCGGCCUCCACCCCCAAGGACCUCCCGCCCGACACGGGACCAGGCGGUGUUGCCGGUGUGGUCAUCAAGACAGAAGCGCAGUCUGAGGACGAGAUGGUGGCGGAGCAGCUCUUCCUGGUGAAGCCCCCCCGCCAGGCCCAGAGCACAGUCCCCGAGGGGCCCAGCAGCCGGACCGGGGGUCCCCACCAGUGUCAUGCCCAGGCGGCGCCCAGGGUGCGGGCAGGGGACCCGCGGCCUCGGCCGGCAGGGGCGGCCGGGGAGACGCCCCGCGUCCUCCCUCGCCGCCGGCGGGAGCGGGCCUUCCCCUGCCCGGACUGCGGGCAGAGCUUCCGCUUGAAGAUCAACCUGACCAUCCACCAGCGGACCCACGUGGACGCGGAGGCGCAGGAGGCCCGGGGCGGCGCGUCCGCCGGCUGGGGCGAGGCGCCCUCCACGCUGGAGCCGGGGGAGGUGGUGGUGCCCGGGCCCGUCAUCCGCUGGCUCCCGGAGGAGCCCGAGGGCCACCGCGCCCUGGCGGGCCGGCCCUUCGCGGGGCGCAGGCCGGGGGCCUCCAAGGUCUACCACUGCAGCGAGUGCCUGCGCUUCUUCCAGCGGCGGAAGAGCCUGCUGCUGCACCAGCGCCUGCACACGGGCAACAGCCAGGGCUGGCCGGCCUGCCCCUACUGCGGCAAGGCCUUCCGCAGGCCCUCGGACCUCUUCCGGCACCAGCGCAUCCACACGGGCGAGCGGCCCUACCAGUGCCCGCAGUGCGGCCGCGCCUUCAACCGGAACCACCACCUGGCCAUCCACAUGCAGACCCACGCGCGCGGCCCGGCCGGCCCGCACCUGCCCGCCGCCUCCGCCCGCCUGGGCGGCGCGCCCCGGCCCCGGCCCCGGCCCCGGCCCAGCCGCUCGGAGGAGGGCUGACCAGGCGCGAGCCCGGCAGCAGGGGCAGGACCUGCUCUCCGCCUGCGGGACCCUUCCCUUCGUGCUUGCUCUGGUUCCUCAUUCUGGGAUGCCUUUGGAGAGGGGUUUUUUCUAUUCUUUUUUCUUUCUUUUUUUUUUUAAUUUUUAAAAAAUGCAUUUAUUUAUUUU